ACCGGUGAAUCAUACCUGUACACUGACUGAACCAUUAGAGGUGGAAACUAAAGGAUCCACUGGUACAGCAGCCAUGCCACAGGACGACCGCAUGGCCAUCUUGGCGGACGAUGAGGAGGAGAUUAAAAGGAAUGAGGCACUAUCGGAUCAGUUUAACCACCUUCACCUGGAGGUCCAAAAGCGAGAGCCUGACUCUCAACCUCCGCCCGAACCAGGCAACCCCGACCCCGGACAACAGAAUCCCGUGUCCUCGCAUGAACCGGGCUGCUGUGAGCGCUCGUGCCUACGGGUUAAUCACCACCUUCUUGUUUCCAAAGUGUUCUACUUCUUUUUCUAUGCUGCCUAUGGAUCACUGCACCCUUUGCUAGCUGUGUACUAUAAGCAACUAGGUAUGAACCCUAGCCAGAGUGGGUUGCUGGUGGGGAUUCGUUAUUUCAUUGAAUUUUGCAGUGCCCCUUUUUGGGGUGUGGUUGCGGAUCGCUACAAGAAGGGAAAAGUUAUGUUGUUGUUUUCUGUCUUCUGCUGGUUGGUGUUUAACAGUGGAAUUGGGUUUGUCAAACCAGCAGCCAUGAGCUGCAGACUAGAGAUUCCUGAUGUAACCACUGUAUCCCCAAGUGUUUCACCCACUAAUGGGACUUUCACGUCAACUAUAGAGUCCAGCAAUGGAACUACAGAACAAAAACUAGCUACUACUUUAGCCUCAACUGCAGCUUCUACUAAAAGUAGUACAGUAGCACCAACUGUAACGUCCAGCAAUACGAAGUUACCGUCAAAUGGAACCCAAACGCCAAAUCAAGCCACCACUAAAACGACUUCAGCGUCAACAGUGGUUUCCAACCAUGGAACAGUAGCCCAAACUAUAGCUUCCACCAAUGGCAACAAAUCAGCAAACAACACAAGGGAGCGCAGAGAUCUGACAGAACCAUUUGUCGUUCCAUCCCUGCUAUCCACUAAUCAGGAUUCUGUCUACAGCUCUGAUCACAGGUUUAAACGAGAUGCUACAAGUAAUACUAGCAUGACUCCAACCGGUCGGCCUUCUAUUGCUCAGUCUGGGACGAACUUCACCACACAAACUCCAUCCACAACUUCCAUUUUAAACUCAACCAUCGGCAACAUGAGUGCUACGUCUACGUCUGGGCCCCAAAAGCCAAUAACUACACCUAAACCACCUACAUAUGUGUUUGAACACAAUCCUGAUCAAGUGGAGGCCAUCUUUCUUCUUAUUCUUCUAGUUGUCAUAAUUGGAGAAUUCUUUAGUGCACCUGCUGUCACAAUUGUGGAUACAGUAACCCUGCAAUACCUGGGUGCUCACCGUGACCGCUAUGGCCUGCAGAGGAUGUGGGGCUCCCUGGGUUGGGGUCUGGCCAUGCUUUCUGUAGGCAUCUGGCUUGAUCACACCUACCUCAUCUACCUCAUAGACGGUGUGGUCGGCUGUGUAUUGCCCGAAUUCAAGAACUACCAGAUCGCCUUCGUCAUCUUCAGCGUGCUCAUGGUUGCUGCACUGAUCGCUGCUACACAGUUCGAAUUUGACACUCGAAGGUCAGAGGAGCUGGACCGGACUGAGAGCACACAAGAGUUCCGUUACCUGGAACUUCUGCAGCUUCUGUGUGGUGUACGCUACAGUACAGUUUUGUUUGUGGCCUGGUUCAUGGGAUUUGGCUACGGUUUCGUGUUUACCUUCCUCUACUGGCACCUGCAGGACCUAAACGGGACGUCCACACUGUUCGGGGUGUGUUCGAUUCUGAGCCAUGUGUCCGAGCUAGCCGCCUACUUUACCAGCCACAAACUGAUUGAACUAGUGGGUCAUAUAAGGGUGCUGUAUAUCGGACUGGCAUGUAACACUGCACGCUACCUCUACAUCUCUUACUUGACCAAUGCCUGGACUGUGCUCCCUAUGGAGAUACUGCAAGGUGUGACUCAUGCCUUAGUGUGGGCCGCGUGUAUCUCAUACCUCAGUGCCGCUGUCCCCCCUGCAUUGCGCACAUCAGCUCAGGGAAUCCUACAGGGUCUCCACCUCGGCCUGGGAAGAGGAUGCGGGGCCAUGCUGGGUGGAGUUAUGGUCAACUAUUUUGGCCCUGCUGAGACAUUUCGAGGGAUUGGGAUGACCUCACUUGUUAUCCUUCUUCUUUUUGCUUUUAUCCAGAGUAUCACUGAGAAGGAUGAGCAUGAAGAGAACAAGAUGCUUGCUGAGAACAUUCCAGUCCCCUCCAGCCCGGUUCCCAUUGCUACUAUAGACCUGGUGCCGAACACAGGCAUGGGAACCCCUAUAGUCAACCAGGAACCUAAACCCCCUUUCCGAAAAACCCGCCAUCAGGAUGAGCUGGAAGACGGCACCAAGCCGGCCUGGGCCCUCAGCGUGUCACCAUGGGUCACCAUUACUUUUGCCAUUGUCCAGAUCAAAGAGCUGAUCGUCAUUAUGAAGACACAACCACUUACAGAAAGCCAACCUCUUCAGGAUCGAGAUGAUAUUUCUCCAGACUCCAAUGCUGAGGAGGUUUUUCCCAGGAAUAAUGCUCAGGCUGAAGGUCUUCACAGCGGGACUCAUGCCCUGCAGGAUGGGGUGUCUUUUGAGGCCUCCACAUAAUGAGCAGGCAACUGCUUCCUCUUACUGCAGCUCUCCUAAUCUCUAAUCUCUAAUAGAGACUGUUUAGUCUACAGCUCGGUUAUAAUUGGGACAGUGUGAAAUGCACAUAGCAACUGUAAGCUGUAAUUACUAAUUCCAGUUUAAACUGUAUUUAAACUAAAUGAUUCAUUCAUUGUCGUCGGACGCUUUUUCUUGACAGGGUCGCACCAGGUCUGGAAACAGUUAUUAUUGCAAUGCAGUAAUACAGGAAUUUGGAUUUUGUCAUUUGAGCACAGCAUCAUGUAAGGAUAUACUUCAUACAGAUAUACACCAAUCAGCCAUAACAUUA